ACCCGCGCGCACGCUGAGCGCGACUGCCAUCAAAACAUGGAUGCCACGAUUUUUCAGAUCUUCAUUGGGGAGUUUGGUGAUCCCAACUGUAGUCUCAUGGAUGCUUUUCAGGACACCUUUUAUGAAAAUGCAUCUUUCUCAUUAAUGAAUUUUGACGGUCUUUAUUGUAAUGCCACAACUGAUGAGAUCGGAACUUGCUGGCCAAGGAGCAACUCGGGUCGAAUUGUGGAGCGACCAUGUCCGGAGUACAUCAACGGAGUUAAAUACAACACCACAAGAAUUGCAUACAGAGAAUGCAUGGAGAAUGGGACCUGGGCUUUCAGAAGUAAUUAUUCAAAUUGUGAGCCAAUUUUGGAAGAGAAGAGAAAAUAUCCCAUGCAUUACAAGAUUGCUUUAAUCAUUAACUACCUUGGCCAUUGUAUAUCUGUGGGAGCUUUAGUUGUGGCCUUCGUACUGUUCCUCUGCUUAAGGAGUAUUAGAUGCCUUCGUAACAUAAUCCACUGGAACUUGAUCACCACCUUCAUAUUAAGGAAUGUCAUGUGGUUUUUACUACAGCUGAUUGAUCACAAUAUUCAUGAAAGCAAUGAGCCAUGGUGCCGCCUUAUAACAACAAUCUAUAACUACUUUGUGGUGACCAAUUUCUUCUGGAUGUUUGUGGAAGGCUGCUACCUCCACACUGCCAUAGUGAUGACUUACUCCACAGAUAAGCUCAGGAAGUGGGUGUUCCUGUUUAUUGGAUGGUGUAUUCCAUGUCCAAUUAUUGUGGCGUGGGCUAUAGGGAAGCUGUACAAUGAAAAUGAACAAUGCUGGUUUGGGAAGGAACCUGGAAAAUACAUAGACUACAUUUACCAAGGGCCUGUGAUUCUUGUUCUGCUGAUAAAUUUCGUAUUCCUUUUCAACAUUGUAAGAAUUCUUAUGACAAAACUGAGAGCAUCCACCACAUCUGAAACUAUACAGUACAGGAAAGCUGUGAAGGCCACAUUAGUUCUCCUGCCCCUACUUGGAAUUACCUACAUGUUGUUUUUUGUGAAUCCAGGAGAAGAUGACAUAUCUCAAAUAGUGUUUAUUUAUUUCAAUUCAUUUUUACAGUCAUUUCAGGGUUUCUUUGUGUCAGUAUUUUACUGCUUCCUUAAUGGAGAGGUGCGCUCGGCUGCCCGGAAACGGUGGCACCGUUGGCAAGACAACCACGCGCUGCGGGUGCGGGUGGCGCGUGCCAUGUCCAUCCCCACGUCGCCCACGCGCAUCAGCUUCCACAGUAUUAAGCAGACCACUGCGGUGUGACCUCCGCCAGCCUGCCCGCCUCGCCCACCUCGCUCGCUCGCUCGCCACGCUUGGCUCGGCUAGACUGCCUCCUUUCACACAGAUUUUCUGAAAGCGAUUACGCCGCUUGCGAGCGAGUGAGCGAGUGAGUGAGUGAGAGAGCGAGUGAGAGAGCGAGUGAGAGAGCGAGUGAGAGAGCGAGUGAGUGAGCGAGUGAGUGAGCGAGCAAGGGAGCGGCUGAAUGUGUCCAUGCCAGGAGUCCAUACUGCAGAUUGGUCGGGGGAAAAGCCUCUGCACUGUGUGUCUGCCUGCGAGACUUUUGAGAUUAAGGCUGAACGGAACAUUAAGGACUAGGAAUACAAAUUGGCCUUCUUAUCCUACAGUUCUCUGUCUCUGUGUGCUGUUUCAGACUGUCCAAUCCAGUAUAAUUCCUGCUGUGGCAUGCUGCCCGAUGUAGUUCUGAGAAAUCAGUGCCCAUUUGGUGUUUGUGGUCAUUCUCAACAAGCCGACCAUCCAUCCCAUAAAUGUUUGAAUCCCAACAUCCAUCCUUUUCCAUUCUUUUCCAUCCCUUCAUUUUUUUAAACCGAUGAUAACUGCAACAGAAACGUUAGAGGGGAUUUCACUAAAGCCGUUGUGGACUGUAUAGCCAUUUCUUUUUUCUUUUUGCUCCAUCGUCAGAUGAAUAUUAUAUGACAUCUCCUCCUCUUGUAAGGAAACACUGAUCAUGUAAAAUAUUGUGUACGUUUUUCUUUUCCUUUCUUUUACUUCAGCUAGUUGACUUUGCACACUGGCUGAGGCCAGUGUCUGGCCUUCUCAUAUGCUCUAUUAUCAGCAACUAAAAUGCCAACACAGUCAGUCUCCACACAGGAAGCCUUCAAAGAGACUCAAAGACCUGCCUGCCAAUUAGUCUGUGUGCACACACACACACAGGAGGUGUAACAGGUGUGGCGGAAGGCCAGGUCCAGUGGAACAUAGCAAGAGAACUGCCAACGUCUCCUCCAGCUGCUCUUAGAUCUUCUAAACUUUUAACAGCUGCCGUUGAUAUUACUCUUUUGUCGUCAUCGUGUCAAGACCGUGGCAGGGUUACGUAAGCCCAGUGGCGAGUGUGCGAGUUCAUGUAAAGUGUUACCUGAGUUCCGCGCUGCCUGUCUCAUUUGAUGUUCCUCUUUGUUGUCAAAGCCCCCUGGGCAAGACGGACGUGGCUAACUGAGUUGCUCAGCGUGAAUCAGGCCGCCCUUCAUUUGUAUUGUUUCCAUUAUCUGGACAAACGUGUCUUUGAUUUUCUGACGGGGGACGGCCCUGAAUGCUCUCGUCUCACAAAGAGUAUUUUUUGUUUGUAGAAAGUCAAGAUUGUCUGCGAUUUAGGAAAAAGGAUGGAUUAGAGUCUUGUCAGUCUUCAAAUCCAAUAGUUCAGACUUUAAUCGGGGUCAAGGUUAAGCUCUGUGCUGUGGACUACAGGGGAUAGCUUUAAUGCAAGUGAACUCCAGUAUCACAAUAAGGCAUGUCCUCAUCAGACUAGAGUGAAUUUAGUAUAGUACACUUGCAGAUAUCGGAAUCCCAGAAAAAGCUUUAUGUUUUAGUAGUAGUCAUCCCCAAUACAAUAAUGGAACAAUUAAGAUUAAGGAAGAUUGGAAAAUAACAUGUUUCUAGUUUUAAAUUAUACUACUAAUGUAUUUCCCAACAAGUAAAGCAGAUACUGUAUAUAUGGAUCAUCCUGUCUUCCAUUCCAUUUACAUUCCAGAUUUGACAGUAAAGGAAUAUGGACACCAGCAUAAAAGCUGGUGUAUUCAGUAUUAGUAUUGAUCUUGUAAUCCUAGUUUCAUGUGAACCAUCUCAGACUACACACUGUUUAGAUUCAUUUAAACCCAAUAUGAUUCAAUGCUUAACAGCCAAACGAGUUUUGUAGACAUUGCCCUUUUGUCUAAUUGUGUAAACAUAGAAAUUCAUCAUCACUCUAGGAUUUUUUAGAUCAUUUCUUUUUUUUUAUUGUAAGGUGUAAGUGUCCGUAAACUCCUAGCGAACAUUUCUGAAGGAUUCUGCUCAGUGAAGAGUGAACUUAAUUCUUCCUCUGCCUGAUUUCCACUAACUUACUGGUAUUUAAUAUAUUGCAAGUGCAAGUCAUUGUGUAUGGAAGCCCUACAUUGUCAGGGCUCCAUUCAGAGAUCAGUUAAAGCUUAUAUAAUGGCUCCAUUUUGUCAAGAGUUUGACAUGUUUCUCAAGAACUUUGUUUUCUAUAUCUAUAUUUGGUAGCCUAUAUCAGGGACGUAUAGUAUAGCCAAGAAGACGGCUUGUUAGCAAAUUGAGCUUGACAUUGCAACAGAAUAUAUUGAUGAUAAGUUUGGCAAUGAGGCCUUGGGAGAGUAGAUUAGGUUACUCUAAUGUGUCAUACAGCGGAAUUAAAGCAAACUUUGAUUAGCUUUAUUCUCAUCAUGAAAGUGAAAGCUAUGUGUUUGGUGUUUGACUUGGUCCGUGUGAAAUCACCCAAUACCUCCAAUAUAGGUUGAUGUUUCAAACAAUCCAAAUACAGUAGGUUGUGAUACCCCAAGGUUUCUCGUGUGGAUUUUCUCUCAAGCAAGACUGUAUACAUUUCAGGAGCCAUUGAGCCUGGAACUUUAGUAUUAGAGUGUUCAUUUCUUCUGGGAAAACAGUGUUGGCCUAUCCUGGAAAUCCAGAGCCAAAUCUAGAAAGAUUUAGGGUCUGGCUAAGAGUUUAAUUGUUCUCUUGCAAGAACUUUGGAUUUCCAGGUAGUGUUGGCCUCUACGUUUCUCAGCGUUUCAAAUGAAUUAUCUCAGGAAAAUAGUGUUUCGAAAAUGUUGAGAUCUCAAGCAAAAUAAAGUAACUAAAUAUCGCGUGAAAACGAUAAAAUUCAAAUGUAAGUUGAUGGCAGUGUUGGGCCUCCAUAAUCCUUCUCUUAGACACAAUGGAAUGUUCUCCUCACUUGGGUGCAUGUACAGUAGUAUCAAAAUGUAAGUAGCCUACUGUUCUACCAGCAGUGGGCUGCUUUGUGGAUAAGUGGAUCAACAUGUUCCUUCUGCCCAUUCUACCAUUCAUUGCCAGCAGGACAAUACUGUAGGUUGUACAUAAUGUAAUAAUACCUCUUAUUUUAUAUGGAUUACUAAAUACUGUGAAGUGUGACAUUUCUUAAUUUAUCAAACUAAAGAGAUAUGACAUGGGAGUCCCCAAUAUGAGAUGACUUCUUUUUGUUCUUACUUUCUUUCUUGCUGACUCAGAUCACCGUUACUGUACAUAAUGCACUUUUAUGGAUAAUGAAGAAUCAACUAUUCCACCUAUUUGGUUUGUCUGGAUCCCAAGGGUGCCUAGGGAUACUCAACACAUCAUUAGACAAGUAAACAAAGUAGAAAACAUUGACCUACAUGAUGUAAACUUCAACAGAAGAAAAACAGCAAUAUUGAAGACAGUCUAGUGCAAUGCACAGUCACUCCACAUAAACAACUACCAAGCACUUGUACUCUCCUAGCCUUUUACUCUGAUGUUGUUGUGUUGGGCACCCCAAGGCCACCACUGAGUUCCCACUGAGGAGGAGUAAUUGGACCAAAGAUGUUAGGUAUACAGUAUACUGUAUAUACUAGAAUAUGUCCAAUAUUGUAUGUAUGCUGUUGUACACAUUGAGAGUUCCAUUUGCUUUAAUGGUACCACACAAUGAUAUAGACUACAGUAUCUGUGACAAAGUGUCUCAGUCAUUUUUCUGAGAUGAAACAAUGUACUGUGUCAGUCUUUGUCAGUGAGUAGGUGUGUAUAAUUUUGUCUCAUCUAGGUUGAAUAGAAAUGCCAUUGUUGCCUUAAACAAAAGUUUGACAUUGUAAAUAUAAUGUUUGUAAAUUGUGUAUUCAUGUGAUGGUGUUGAAUUUCUACAAGAAUAUAAGCUGAGCGUCAAAUAAAUGA